AUGGACAAGCACAGGAGCGACGACGUGCUCAAACGCCGCAACGCCGCCAUUGCAGCUGCGGGCAGGCGUCAGCGCUGGCGACAGGCCCUUCAGCUCUUUCAUGCCUUACCACAGGGCCGGCUGCAGCCGAACGCGCGGAGCUACGGCGCUGCCAUGGGCGCCCAACGCACGCAAUGGGUGCCGGCUCUGGCACUGCUCCGGCAGAUGUCAAACGCGGCUGUGGAAGGCAACAUCAUCCUCUAUUCUGCUGCCAGCACGGCCUGUGAGCAAGGACAAACUUGGCCCUGUGCCGUCAAAGUGCUGGACACUGUGCGGCGACACUCUGUGGAGCUGGAUGCACGCCGACCUGCUGGACCAUGGGCUUGUGCGGUUCGGGGCUGUGCGGCGUUGCGCGAGGAGGCCCUGGAGGUCAACGUGAUUGUGCUCAACACGGCGCUGGCGGCCACGCGCUGGGCCCUGGGCCUCGGAGCCCUGGGCUGGGCGAGCCGAGGUUCCCUGCAAGUGGACCGGAUCUCCUUCAACUCUUUGAUCGGCAGCUGCCGGGAUGGCCCCUGGCAAGCCGCCGCGGAGCUUACCAUGGACAUGCGCGCACGAGGACUCCGCGGCAACCGCAUUACCUCCAACGCAGUUAUGGCUUCCCUGUCCGAUGCCAAAUGCUGGCAGCGGGCCUUGGGCGCCUUCGAAGAUCUGCCGUGCCUGCGGCAGCAUCUGGUUGGUGCCGCGCUGAAGGCUUGCGAGCAAGGUGCGAAGUGGCAGGCAGCGCUAUCUUUGCUUGCUGCUGUGAACGAUGUGGCCAACUACACCGCCGCCAUGCGCGCCUGCGCAGCGGCCACGCGCUGGGAUGUGUCGUUGGCGCUGCUGGCGGAUCUGGUGCCGUCGGAUGGGCUGCGCCUUGACACGGUUGCCGUCAAUGCUGCCAUCGCGGCAGCGGCACAGGGCGUUCAGUGGACAGCCGCCUUAGCCCUCUGGGCCGAGCUUCCCUCCCUGCACCUGGGCGCCUCUGCGGCGACGCACGGCGCGGCGCUGGAUGCCCUGGGCAAGGGCCGCCAGUGGCAACGAGCUGUGCACCUUCUCUCCCGCGUGGUGGCUGUCAGGGGCCCCCUCUCCAUCCUCGCGUACAAUGCUGCUAUCAGUGCCUGUGAGGGGGCUGAGCGGUGGGAGGCCGCCUUGGCGUUGUUUGCAGACCUCCCACAGCAGGCGCUUCGCGCCAGCAUCGUCACCUGCAACGCUGCCGCCAGUGCUUGUGCUGAGGGGCGGCAGUGGCAGGCUCACCAAUUUAUCGCUCUUCCGAGCUUGCGCCGAUGGUAG